GAAAGAUUUCAUAAUAUACCGGGAACCAAAUGCUUCUCCUUCACAUGUAACUGAAAAUGGCUUUUCUGAUAAGGUAUUGCUGUGCUUCUCAAAUGGAAACCACUAUGAUAUUGUUUAUCCUAUAGAGUAUUCAGAAAAGGCUGCUCUGUGCCAGUCUCUGCUAUAUGAGUUGCUUUAUGAGAAAGUAUUUGAUACAGAUGUAAAGAAAAUUAUAGCAGAACUUAGUGCUGUUGGUGUGACAGAGGAAAGUAACGGUAGCAGUGAAGUAUCUGCUUCAGAUUCAGAAGAUGACAGCUACAGAAGUAAAGCUACAACAGUUAGUGAUAUGAAUGGAUUGAAAUCUCUUUCUGACAACAAGCACCUUAAGAGCAAUGGGAAUCCUACCUUGUUGGUCUUACCUAAAAAAGUUCUUAAAGCACUCAAUCCAUCAGUUUACAGAAAUGUUGAAUAUGAUGUUUGGCUCCAAUCCAAAUGGGAUCAGCAGAAACAAGAUUUUUCUAUUGCCGCUGGCAUGCAAUACUCAGUUGGAGAUAAAUGUAAAGUGCGCUUAGAACAUAAUGGGAAAUUUUAUAAUGCCCAUAUUCAAGAAGUUUGUUCAGAGAAUGGGCCAGUUGUUGUAUUUGUAGAAGAGCUAGGAGCAAAGCAUGCUGUCUCACUGAAGAGCCUUAAACCUCUUCCACAGACCUCUCCUAUGGAGGGCUGGAACACUGUGCCAGGGAAGAAGAUAAAAAAGUUUUUCCCAACAUGGGGGCCGAAUGCUCAGCCCGAUGCAGAUUGCAGAGGGCCAAAGAACCAGAGCAAGUCAAUAAAACCCCAGUCAGCACUACCUCCUCGACUUCAGCAUGCUGUGGGAACCAGGCAGCAUCAGUUCUUAUGUUCUGGACCCCAGCCUCAUCAGACCUCAACUGAACAAAAAGCUCCAGGCAGGAAUCCUUCCCAAACUGUAAGAAAACCAGAGCGGGAGAGAACCGAGGAUCUGAACCACGGCAGCAGAGAUUGUAACUACUUUGGCCUGUCUCCAGAGGAGCGCAGGGAGAAACAGGCUAUAGAAGAAUCCCGUUCACUUUAUGAGAUCCAGCAGAGGGAUGAACAAGCUUUUCCUGCUCUUUCCAAUAAUCAGUCAGUCUGUCAGGCUGCUACACAGACUGUGGAUAACUUAAACCAGAAAAAGUUCUCAAGUAAUGAGAGAAGAAACAGCAAGUGGUCACCAGAGGUGGAAGAGCAGAAGGAUAAAGAGUCAAAUUCCAGGCAGAUCCACUUAAGUCAGAAGCUUGAGCCAAAUUCAUCUGAGAAGAAUAGUCAAGAUGAGAGUUAUCCAAAAGAUUCAUCUCCUUUGGAACAAGUAAAAACAGAUUCUCCGGUUCUUGCUGAGCAAAACGUGACAGAAUGCUUACCGAGCGUAACUCCAACACCCUCACCAGUCUUCUCUGAGGUGCAUUUACCUCCAGCAGUGCCUUCUGUACCAGCCAUUGUGCCAGCUUGGCCAAGUGAGCCAGCAACCUAUGGACCAGCAGGUAUUCCAGCCCAAAUACCUGCUUCUUCAUUGAUGCCAGCCCCAGCAACGGGACCUGACUCUAUUGUAUCGCAGGCUCAGACUCUGAAUCCUUAUCAGGAUCCGCUAUACCCUGGAUUCCCUUUUAGUGAAAAGGGAGAAAGAGCUGUUGCACCCUCUUACUCCCUGUGCAGUACUGGGGAGGACUUGCCUAAAGAUAAGAAUAUUCUCAGAUUUUUCUUCAAUCUUGGUGUGAAGGCAUACAGUUGUCCCAUGUGGGCACCACAUUCUUACUUGUACCCACUGCACCAGGCCUAUUUAGCUGCUUGUAGAAUGUACCCGAAUGUGUCCCUUCCUGUGUACCCGCACAGCCCCUGGUUUCAGGAGGCACCGCCAGCUCAGAGUGAGAAUGAACCUGCACGAACAAACAGGCACUUCCCUGUCCAGAGUGAGACCCGAUCCAACGGCCAGAUCCCGCAGGUGGAUGGCAGGUCUCCAUCGCUGCCUCUCAUGAUACCUACAGCUCAGGUGUCAGAAAGUCAAGGACAGGUCUGUGUAGAAUCGGAGAAUCCAGUGCAAGCUCUUCACGCAAACUAUGAGGAGUCCCUGAGAGGGAAAAAUGUGUUCCCACAGCCACACUUUGGACACAAUCACUUUCUGGGAGCUGUUCCAAUAGCACCUCCUUUCUUUCCUCACUUCUGGUAUGGGUACCCAGUUCAGGGUUUCAUUGAAAAUUCAGUAGCAAGACCUAAUGUCGUCAUGUCACCUGAGGACAAUGGCACCUCUGCCGGCAUGUAUGUGGCUAAGGAAUGCAGCCCUCCGGUUCCUGGAGGAAGCUCUGCAGAACAGCUCCAGAGGACUGACAGCAGCAGCGGGUCCAACACUGUGCCAUUCCCUGCUGCUGGUGCAAGGAAACUCCAGGAAACUCCGAAGGAAACUCCAGCUAGGGCACCUCAGGUGGAGCAGACUUGUCCUUCAGCUUCUGUGGCUAAGCAGAAAACAGCCGGGCAGCGAAAUCGUUCCCCACAAACACCAGGGACCGAGAGGCAGCCAGCAGUGCCCAACACCCUGCCGGUCCUGGCAGAGCCACCGAAACAUGAACUGAAACCCAGCGUUCCCAGUCGUAAGGAGAAGAGUGAUAAAGGUAGAGAGUCCAAGGGCACUGGCAGUCAGCAGACAGAGAGCAGGGCACAGCGAACCAGGGAGGAGAGCUCUGAAGAUGAGAGUGAAGUUUCUGAUAUGCUGCGAAGUGGGAGAUCCAAGCAAUUCUAUAGCCAGACUUACGGAGGAGGCAGAAGGCCCAGGCUUGAGUGGGGUUACUCCAGCAGGGGAGGAUACCAGUUCCAAAGAAACGAGGAAGCCUGGAAAGGGCCACCUGGCAGAGGCAGAGAGGAUGGCUACCAGUAUCAGCGGAACUUCAGAGGGAGGCCAUACCGCAACGACAGGAGAAGGGCAACGCUGGGAGAUAGUCAGAGGGGGCACCAGACAUAG